UGAAAAAAAAAAAAACAUGGCGUAAUUGAUAUAUCCGACUUCCUUCGUACGGCAAGAAUCGCCGUUGCAAAACCACUCCCCUAUUUGUCGGAUUCCUUUCUCCCUUUUAGAUUUCCGUCAAUCUCUCUCCGUUUCGCCGCCGUUUCAGAAUUCUUCGCAUUCUAUUUCGAUUUUUUUGUGGCUUUUUUUCUUCGUCGUUGCGGGAAUCGAGAGAUCGAAAUUUACGUAAAUUCGGAAAAACAAAAAAUCGAUGCAGCGACUCGUUGACAACGCCCUCGCUGUUACCAAAGAGUCGGUGAAGACUUUCACGUAUGAGUCUUUGAACAAUAUUGCAAGGCUGAUAAAUGGAGUGUCAGCACUUUUAUUGACCUUUCUUCCGGGAAAGGCAAAUAUUCUUGAAGGUGUUCAGGGAUGGGAGCUUAGGCCAACAUUCCGUGGACCUCGCUUUCCUCGCUGGAUGGGAAAUGGUGUUUCCUCAUUCAACCAGUUCAUCCAUGAGCUUUCUGUGGAUUCUGAUACUUCAAGUAUAGACUAUUCUUCCGGAGAAGAUGAUCUUGAUGGAAUAUACCCUGCAUCACCAUCAUCUCAUGGGUCAAGGAUCUCCAGAACCAGCACUCGUAUCAAGAAUGAUUGGCAUUGGACAGACUGGAUGGCAUUCAUAUUUUCAUGGAUUUUAUUACCUGCUAGGUUUCUGGUGGGGAUACCACUUCUUCUUUUCCGUUUGUUAAAUAUAUGGGGAUCGAGGGCUUCUUCAGAUCCAGGAAGCCCCCGUCCUAGGCAUUUUCAUUCCUUUAGGAAAGUGCACACCCACAAGGACCAUGUUGUCCACCGCACCACUGACAGGAGACGUGGAGUCAUUGAGGAUCUCCAUCUAGCAAUUGAGAUUUUCAUAGAAGCUAUAUUUGAUAUGUUUCACAAAGCUGCGCGCUGUGUUCUCUCCCCAUUUGAAGCUUUCAGCAUAUUUGUAAAAUGGUUGUCAUCUCCCAGUGCUGGUGUUAAAGAUUCUGAAGAUGAUGUUAUUAAUGCUUCUGUUCCCACAGCUACUCUUGGUGAUAAUGACCCAGCUCCUAGAGAAAGGAAUCUUACUCUUCACCAUUCUCUUAACACUGAUGCUCGGACGUGUAAGGAUGUCAUAACAGAGCUUGGGUACCCAUAUGAAGCUAUUCAUGUUAUCAGUGCUGAUGGAUAUGUUCUUCUUUUGGAAAGAAUACCAAGACGUGAUGCACGGAAGGCUGUCUAUCUACAACAUGGUGUUUUGGAUUCAUCUAUGGGUUGGGUUUCUAAUGGCAUUGUUGGUUCUCCAGCUUUUGCAGCCUUUGAUCAAGGCUAUGAUGUUUUCCUGGGGAACUUUCGUGGUUUAGUCUCUAGAGAGCAUGUGGACAAAAAUAUCUCCUCACGACAAUAUUGGCGAUACACCAUAAAUGAGCAUGGGACAGAGGAUAUUCCGGCUAUAAUAGAGAAGAUUCAUGAAGUCAAAACUGCUGAACUGAAAAUUAGCCAACCUGAUGAAGAAACAAAGGAUGAGCAGCCUUACAAACUUUGUGCAAUCUCUCAUAGCUUGGGGGGAGCUGGUAUGCUGAUGUAUGUUAUAACACGCCGGAUUGAAGAGAAGCCUCACAGGCUCUCAAGAUUAGUUUUACUUUCACCUGCAGGCUUCCAUGAUGAUUCUGCUUUUGUCUUUACAAUGAUGGAGUAUCUAUUGCUUCUUUUGGCUCCUAUUCUGCCACUACUUGUGCCUGCCUUUUAUAUACCAACCAGAUUCUUUCGUAUGCUGUUGAACAAGUUGGCUAGGGACUUUCAUAACUACCCUGCUGUUGGAGGACUGGUUCAAACCCUAAUGAGUUAUUUCCUCGGAGGAGAUAGCUCAAAUUGGGUUGGGGUGUUGGGGUUACCUCAUUAUAACAUGAAUGACAUGCCGGGGGUCUCAUUUCAUGUGGCGCACCACCUUGCACAGCUAAAACAUACAGGAAAAUUUAGAAUGUAUGAUUAUGGGAGUGCACCAGCCAAUAUGGAGGUGUAUGGAUCUCCAGAGCCGUUAAACUUGGGUGAGUAUUACGGGCUUAUUGAUAUUCCCGUUGAUUUGGUGGCUGGUCGGAAGGACCAGGUAAUCCGACCGUCAAUGGUUAGAAAGCACUACAAGCUGAUGAAGGGUUCUGGUGUAGAUGUAUCAUACAGUGAAUUUGAGUAUGCACACUUAGACUUCACAUUUUCCCACCGUGAAGAACUCUUAGCAUAUGUGAUGUCACGUCUGCUGCUUGUGGAGCCUGCUCCAAAGCGCCAGUCUGGUCAGAAGGCUUUGAGGUUGAAAAAGAAAGGACCGGUGAACUCUUAAUUGCUGAUGGGUACGAAACCAUGCACUUCCAUGUUUUUUUCUUUUGGAUUUGGCAUGUGCUGCUGUAUUGAUAGAUGCAUGCUUGUUGUUGUAUGUGAGUGAAUAGAUCAGUAAUAUUGUUUACAUCAUUGUAAUUAAUGAUAGACCCAUUGUAUACAUGUCAUAGUAAGCUUCCAUCACAAAUUUUCUGAGGCAGGUCUAUGGAAAAUGAACUCAGAAAAAGUGGUGCUUAGUAGGAAUCUAUACGUACGACAAAUUAUGUUUGUUUGUAACAUUUUACAGUAGAUGAUAUCUUCAGGAAAAAGAAUUUCCACAA